AUGGGUCUCCCACCCCAACUAACCCUCCUCCGACCUCUCCUCCUCCUCUCCUACUCAGCCUCCUACGUCCCCAUAACAAUAUUCCGACUCCUGACCUCUUCGCCUUCAAAACUGCUCUCCUGGUCUUCCUUCCAACACGCCUGGUUCGGAAACUUUUGGUCCUGGUUCGGCGGUGUAUCCCGCGAAAACGCCAAUGCCACUGUUUCCCCUCUGGUCCGCGCAAACGUGUCUGGCAUCGUCCUCGACAUCGGCCCCGGAAGCGGAGAAUGGGUGUACCUCUAUGCAGCCACAGCAAACAAAGUCACCAAAGUCUAUGGCGUCAAGCCCAAUCCCGAACACCAUGCUGCACUGCGCAGACGAGUGCAAGCUGCGGGCUUAAAAGGCAUCUAUGAGAUUUUGCCAGUGGGAGCUCAAGAUUUGGGGAGCGUGGGGUUGGAGGUCGAGUCUGUGGAUACGAUAGUCACGUUGCAGACUUUGUGCAGUUGUCCUGGUCCUCAAGAUAUCAUCAAGAGUUUGUAUCCUUAUUUGAAGAAAGGGGGUACGUGGUUGGUCUAUGAACAUGUCAAGACAAAGUAUCAUGAUCAUCUUGUUGGUUAUUGGCAACCUGGCGAUUGGGAGGAAGUCUCGUUGAGAGCAGGAGAGGGCGAAGGUCCAUACGAUACCAUCCCUCACUCGCUCGGCACGCUCGUCAAAAGAAAGUGA